CGCCGGCUUUCAAUCGAUCUCCUUACGACGACCGACCGCGCCCGCACGUCGACAUCUCACGACUCUCCUCCUCUCCUCGGUCAACAUAUCACAGCAUUUAGAGAGGCAAGAUGCGGUACAUUCACUCCGAGGAGACGCUGCCAAUCCCCGACAAUGUGUCGAUCCAAAUUCGUUCGCGAGUUGUGACCGUCGAGGGACCCAGAGGCAAGCUUAGCAAGGAUCUUUCCCACAUUGCUGUUACUUUCGGCCGUCCCAGCAAGAACAUCAUCUCCAUCCAGCUCCACCAUGGUGUUCGCAAGGGUGUUGCUACCCUCCGUACCGUCCGCACUCUCAUCAACAACUUGAUCAUCGGUGUUACUCGUGGUUUCUUGUACAAGAUGCGUUACGUCUAUGCUCACUUUCCCAUCAACGUCAACAUUGAGAAGAACAAGGAGACCGAUCUGUUUGAGGUUGAGAUCCGAAACUUCCUUGGCGAGAAGAUUGUGCGUCGCAUUACUGCCCAACCUGGUGUUGAGGUCGCCAUCUCCGCCAAUGUCAAGGAUGAGCUUCAAUUAUCUGGCAACUCUUUGGAGAAUGUCUCCCAGAGCGCCGCCGACAUCCAGCAGAUCUGCAGAGUCCGCAACAAGGAUAUCCGAAAGUUCCUUGACGGUCUUUACGUGUCUGAGCGAACCAACAUUAUUGUCGAGUAAAGGAAAAUAAUUACGAUAAUGGUGUAUGCUUUAUGGGGAGGUGUACCUUGAAAAAAACAAUCUGUGAUAUCAAGGAAAGAGAUGUUUUUCAUUCUUUCCUAUUUCGGUUUCGCAAUGAACAGAUUUUUAUGUAGGAGUCUGUGGCGAAACUCCAAUAAAAGAUGCAAUGGAAACCAUGAAUUUUUUUGUUAUAUUGGGCAUGAUGCGCUUCGCAUUACUGGCGUGCAACCACAGGAACAAAUCAAUUCUCAGUGGAGAUGAUUUAGUACUGCUCAUAAGCCUAUUUUUAAGGUGUGAACAAUGUCACUAAUUAUCAUCGUCAGCUAUUGAUUAGCUUUGUAGCAACCGUCUUAAAGUGUAUUAUCCUUCCCAUUACGGUUCGUAGACUCUUUAGUCAAGACUCACGCGCCUUGACAGAGGAAUAUGUAGCAUUUAU